AUGGCGCAGUCCCAGUUGCAGGAGGAUGAUGCCAUUCAAUCAGCGAGCUCCAACACUGGAAGACCAGAGGUUGAGGAAUUACCCCGGCGACACGACUCCAAAUCCUCAGGAAAUGAUCAAUCGACAUCCUCCAACGAUGGAUCCGGGAGCAAUGGGAGCUUCCCCCCAGACGAAGUCCGCCAUCACAAGCACCCAGCGCGUCCCCGACUUCACAAGCGUCAAACAACCCACGUCGCCCUUGACAAUGCCGACCGCAACGAACUCGUCCGUAUCGCGACGGCUCUUUCACGACGCUACUCCGUCGCCACUGAUGAGAAUAAACCCGCCCUCGACCCAACCAGCAGUCAAUUCGACAUCUACGAAUGGCUACAGAAUUUUGUGCAAACUCUCAGAACUCAAGGCAUCACAGCCAAGAAGACGGGUGUGGUCUGGAAAAACCUCAAUGUAUCUGGUACAGGAGCUGCAUUGCAAGUCCAAGAGACUGUGCUGUCCAUGUUGAUGGCACCCCUCCGAAUGGGCGAGCUGUUCAGCUUUGGAAAGAAGGAGCCCAAGCAUAUCCUCCGGAGCUUCGAUGGACUCGUAAAGAGUGGAGAACUCUUGAUCGUCCUUGGCCGACCCGGAUCUGGGUGUAGUACCUUGCUCAAGACGCUUUGCGGCGAGCUUCACGGCCUGAGCAUUGCCGACACCUCGACCAUUCACUACAACGGCAUUCCGCAAAAGAUCAUGAAGAAGGAGUUCAAGGGAGAAGCCAUCUACAACCAAGAGGUCGAUAGGCAUUUCCCGCACCUGACCGUCGGCCAGACCCUCGAGUUUGCCGCCUCAGUCCGAACGCCAUCGCAUCGCAUCCACGGCAUGUCCCGCAACGACUUUUGCAAGUACAUCUCCCGAGUCGUCAUGGCCACAUAUGGACUUAGCCAUGCCGCCGACACAAAGGUCGGAAAUGACUUUAUCCGCGGUGUGUCUGGUGGAGAGAGGAAGCGAGUCAGCAUUGCUGAGAUGAUCCUCUCCGGAUCUCCAUUCUCUGGUUGGGACAAUAGCACCCGAGGUCUCGACUCUGCUACUGCGCUCAAGUUUGUUCAAGCUUUGCGCAUGGCUGCCGACCUCGGCGGUGUGACUACUGCCGUUGCCAUUUAUCAAGCGAGCCAGGCCAUCUAUGACCUCUUCGACAAAGCCGUCGUGCUCUACGAGGGCCGGCAGAUCUAUUUUGGUCCAGCGAAUGAGGCUAGGAGCUUCUUUGAGCGACAAGGAUGGCAUUGCCCGGCGCGACAGACCACUGGCGAUUUCCUCACAUCUGUCACGAACCCAAGUGAGAGAGCUGCCCUUCCUGGCAUGGAAGAAAGAGUCCCACGCACACCCGAGGAAUUCGAAGAAUACUGGAAACAGUCUCCCGAGUUCCAGUCUCUUCAGAAAGAAAUCGAGGAAUACGAGACUGACCAUCUCGUCGACCGACCUGGCGAAAGCAUCGCAACACUCCGAGAACAAAAGAACUUCCGCCAGUCAAAGCACGUGAGGCCAGGAUCGCCAUACACUAUCAGCAUCCUCAUGCAAGUGAGGCUCUGCACCAAGAGAGCAUAUCAACGGAUCUGGAACGACAUGUCUGCAACAGCUGCAGCCUGUAUCACUCAGCUUGUCAUGGCCCUCAUCAUUGGAUCUAUCUUUUACGGUACACCGGAUGCUACUGUUGGUUUCUACGCCAAGGGUUCUGUUCUGUUCAUGGCUGUCCUUCUCAAUGCUUUGACAGCCAUCUCCGAGAUUGCAAGCUUGUAUGCUCAGAGAGAAAUCGUGACGAAGCACGCCUCUUUUGCUUUCUACCAUCCUUUUGCUGAAGGAGCUGCUGGCAUAGCUGCUGCAAUCCCCAUCAAGUUCGUAACCGCUGUCGUCUUCAACAUUGUCCUAUACUUUCUCGCAGGCCUCAGGCGCGAACCAGGAAACUUCUUUCUGUACUUCCUGAUCACUUACAUCUGUACCUUUGUCUUUAUCGCCUUCUUCCGGACAAUGGCAGCCAUUUCGAAAACAGUCUCACAGGCCAUGGCCCUCUCGGGAGUCAUGGUUCUAGCCCUGGUCGUCUACGUCGGCUUCACCAUCACUGUUCCAGAGAUGAAGCCAUGGUUCUCUUGGAUUCGCUGGAUCAACCCCAUCUAUUACGCCUUUGAGAUCCUAGUCGCCAAUGAGUUCCAUGGCCGCCAGUUUACCUGCUCGAGCAUCUUUCCUCCGUAUACGCCAAACAUUGGAGAUUCUUGGAUUUGUACGGUUCCUGGUGCUGUUGCGGGUGAAUGGACAGUUAGUGGUGAUGCAUUUAUUGCUGCCAACUAUGAGUAUUACUACUCACAUGUCUGGAGAAACUUGGGUAUUUUGUUUGCCUUCUUGAUCGGAUUUACGAUUAUUUACCUCGUUGCCACCGAGCUCAACUCAGCAUCGACAAGCACGGCAGAAGCCCUUGUUUUCCAAAAAGGCCACAUCCCACCCCAUCUUCAAGCCGGCAAAAGCGACAGUUCAAAGGAUGAAGAAUCACUUACUCGCCCGGCUGGCAAAGAGACUUCGUCUAGUGGGGACGUGGGAGCAAUCGAGCCCCAGAAAGAUAUCUUUACCUGGCGCAACGUCGUCUAUGACAUCCAAGUCAAAGAUGGGCAGCGUCGACUCUUGGAUGGUGUUUCUGGGUGUGUCAAGCCUGGAACUUUGACGGCUCUCAUGGGUGUCAGCGGAGCAGGCAAAACAACCCUUCUCGAUGUUUUGGCACAACGCACAACUAUGGGCGUCAUCACGGGCGACAUGUUGGUCAACGGAAAGCCCUUUGAUGCGAGUUUUCAACGCAAGACGGGCUACACAGCCACAGUCCGCGAAAGCCUUCGAUUCAGCGCCAUGCUGAGACAACCAAAGACAGUCAGCAAGCAGGAAAAGUACGCCUUUGUCGAAGAAGUCAUCAAGAUGCUCAACAUGCAAGAAUACGCCGAUGCCAUCGUCGGAGUUCCAGGCGAGGGUUUGAACGUCGAACAGCGAAAGCUCCUCACCAUUGGUGUCGAGCUGGCAGCAAAGCCCAAGUUGCUUUUGUUUCUUGACGAACCCACAAGUGGCCUCGAUUCGCAGAGUUCUUGGGCUAUCUGUUCUUUCUUGAGGAAGCUGGCCAACUCUGGACAGGCUGUGUUGUGUACAGUUCAUCAACCGAGUGCCAUUCUUUUCCAGCAAUUUGACCGCCUUCUCUUCCUCGCCAAAGGUGGUAAAACUGUCUAUUUUGGUAACAUUGGAGAGGACUCGCGGACGCUCCUCAACUACUUUCAGAAGCACGGUGCACGAACAUGCGAUAAGGAAGAGAACCCGGCCGAGUACAUCCUCGAAGUCAUCAGUAAUGUCACAAACAACAAGGGCGAAGAUUGGCACUCUGUUUGGAAGGGCAGCAAUGAGUAUCAAGCAAACGAAACAGAAAUCGACAGGAUUCACACCGAGAAGCAGAAUGAAGCAGCAGCUGGGGAAGACGAUCCUUCCUCACAUGCUGAAUUCGCCAUGCCAUUUUUUGCUCAGCUGCAGGCCGUCUCGUACAGAGUCUUUCAACAGUACUGGCGCAUGCCGGCCUACAUCUUUGCCAAGUUUAUGCUUGGUAUCGUAGCCGGGCUGUUCAUCGGUUUCUCAUUCUUCCAGGCGUCGACUUCGCUGGCGGGAAUGCAGAAUGUCAUCUUCUCUGUGUUCUUGCUGACUACAAUCUUUACAACACUUGUCCAACAGAUUAUCCCGCAUUUCGUCACUCAACGGUCUCUCUACGAAGUCAGGGAACGACCAAGCAAGGCAUACUCGUGGAAGGCCUUUAUCAUUGCCAACAUCAUCGUCGAGAUCCCAUACCAGAUCGUCACAGGCAUUCUCAUCUGGAGUUGUUUCUACUACCCCGUCGUAGGCAUCCAGAGCUCCGACAGACAAGUUCUCGUUCUGCUCUUUGUCAUCCAACUGUUCAUCUACGCCAGCGCCUUUGCACAGAUGACCAUCGCGGCACUUCCAGAUGCGCAGACAGCAGGCAGUCUCGUCACCAUUCUUUCCAUGAUGAGCACGAUUUUCAGCGGUGUUUUGCAGACUCCCAGCGCCCUUCCUGGAUUUUGGAUAUUCAUGUAUCGCCUGUCUCCGUUUACGUACUGGAUUUCUGGUAUCGUAGGGACCAUGCUACAUGACAGACCAGUCGAAUGCUCCUCAACCGAGACAUCAACCUUCAAUCCCCCAUCAGGAGAAACAUGCGGAGAGUACCUCAACCCAAUCCUGUCACAAGCCCCAGGCCAGCUCCAGAAUCCUUCUGCCACGGAGCAAUGUCGAUACUGCGCUUUCCGCUACGCAGAUCAAUACCUCGCAGGCUCCAGGAUCUACUGGUCCGAGAGAUGGCGCAACUACGGCAUCAUGUGGGCUUUUAUCGGGUUCAACAUGAUGGUGGCGAUUGUUACGUACUAUCUGUUCAGAGUGAAGAAGUGGUCUAAGAAGUGA